AUGGACGAGGACCUGGUGGACGACACGGAGACCAUGUCCACGGGGACGUUCUCGGUGGAUCCGAGGCGCGGGACCGUCUUCCUGGCCGCCCUGGCGCCCACGCGGUAUGCGGGCGGCGUGCACGGCCUGGAGCUGCUGCUGGCGCUGGCGCCGGACACGCUGGUGGUUCGCGUGAAGGAGGGCCCCGACGCCGCCCCGCGGUGCCUGAGGCUGCCGGUGAGCGCGGAGGCGCUGGGCGACUCCGCCGGGGCGUCUUCCGCCCAGGCCGCGGGCGACUUCCAGGGCGUCGAGGCCGUCGGGGCGCAGACGGACUGCAACCUGUUCCAGUUCCGCCCGCCGUGCGACUUCGGCGCCUGCGGGUCGGUCAAGCUAUGGCACUCGUCCAGGAGGCAGGUGAUCUGCGGUCUGGAGACGCUGUCGCGCGGCGAGGGCGCGCAGGCGGCGAUGGCGGCCGGGGCGCACCUGAGCCUGGCGGACCUGGCCACGUGCAGGGACCUGGCCGGGGGGGACGGCGAGGCACCACCUACGCCGACGAUGCCAGCCGCGUGGACACAGGAUGGGAAGUGCAUACUAGGACCUGGGAGUCAGCGACUUCUUAAGGAGGACGAUACUGCGCAGGGUUCGUAUCCAGAUGACAUGCGGGCGGCGGACUGUUGGAGUGCAUGUGUUGCUCGUGGGAGUUACGGAUGCUGCCGUAUCAAUUACGAUUGGACUCCGGCGCGCUGUCAUUGGGACCCGACUGGGAUGACCUCCACCCCAACGACAGGCUCUGCGCACUGGGCAUCCAACAUUCAGGCGGAGCCAGGGGACAAUCCGAUCGGCUGCGAGGUCUACGCCAGCAACGCGUCCUGGUGCGACGAGCCCGGCAGGGACCUGGAGGGCGCGGCCGCCGACAAGUGCUGCGCCUGCGGCGGCGGCGAGCCGCCCCACGACCUGGGCGCGGCGGGCGCGGGCGGGGCCCUGCUGGAGGACGCGUCCUGCCUGCCCGCCGACGGCGCGGAGGCGCCCUGGCUCUCCCUGGACGCCCUGGCCGUGCCGCCCCCAGGGCCCGGCGCCGAGCCCGCCGUGGCCGUGGUCUCCGCCGUGGUGCAGGGCGCGGAUGCGCUGGGGCUGCUGCCGGCGCCCGCGCGGGCGGUCCUGUCGCGGAUGAUACUGACCCUGCCGCUGCCGAAGGCUCCUACAGCGACGCCUGCAACACCGAUGGAGGAUGUUGUUCUCAGGAUCGCGAACGCGGGCUUCACUGGAUGGCGUCCAAACGUGGCGGAGGUCAAGUUCUACAGCGACCAGCUGUGCACAAAGAGGGUCACUCGAGAGCGCUUGCACAAUAGCUCGGGUUGGAAUCACGCGCCGGGUCAGAAAAAGUACACCCCGGACCUCGCGAUUGAUGGAAGUGAGGCUGCUCAAUCACAUUGGCGCCCUCAGUGCUCUUCAUGUCAGCCUGAUGAGGCUUGGAUCGAGUUUGCCUUUAAGCCAUCCACUGUCAUUCAGUGCAUCGAAGCCAACAACCUCGGUAAGGGAUCAGGUGGGGGAAAGCACUGGGAUGGCGGCAUUCGGGUGUAUAACGUCACAGACCAGAUCUACAGGGACGGUGCUCGUCAAGUGGUGGUCGGAUAUGCCGAGGGCAACACGUUCAUCUUGGAGGAGGAGCGCGGGCCUACGACGGCCACUCUCACGACCUCCGUGGUGGAGGCCCCCGCGGUCGACAUCUUCAGCGAAGACCUGAAGGCGUUCUCGUUCCUGUACGCGUCGGAGUACACGGAGCGCUCGCCCAAGAGAGACGGGGCCACCCCGAACCGGCCGCACCUGGGUCCGCGGGCGGACAGCGUGGGCACCGUGCAGGCGCCCGGCGGGGGCCCCGACGGCACGGCCACCGCGGUGGGCUUCCUGCCGAGCGACGGGCUGGCGAGGCUCGGGCAGGCCAGGGCCGCGUGGCUCGCGGAGCACCACUGCAGGCACCUCUCCCUGGUCUACCCGCGGGCGCCCCGGCGCGCGCCCUCGAACUUCAACCUGGCCGCCGCGUGGGCCGCGGGCGCGCAGCUGGCCGCACUGGCGCUCGGGGGCCCAGCAGAGGGCGCCCCGCUGGUGCAGGCCGGCCGGUUCGCCCACGAGAACGGCGGCUGCGGCUACGUGCUGAAGCCCGAGUGCAUGCGCGGGGACUCGGUCGAAGCGCCGAAGGCGCUGGAGCUGAAGCUCCGGGUGCUGGGCGCCAGGGCCCUCCCCAGCUGCGAGGGGCCGCUCUUCUCCAGGGCCCCCGGAGCCAGGAAUCCAGAGCUCGUCCGAGGCUGCCCAGAGCCAGGCCCCACGGCGCCCCCGGCCGGGCUUGCGCGGCUGGGCUCCGUGUCCUCGCCGUCCGCCACGGAAGCUGGGCCGCAGGCGUUGCUCGUGGAAGAGGCGUGCAUCUCCAAGGCUCUCAGCCAGGCGUCGACCUGGUGGGCGGGGGCUGAGAGCUGA